AUGUCAACUGAAUCGCCACGAGUUUUGGUGACCGGAGCGUCGGGGUACAUUGCCUUACAUAUCGUGCAUCUAUUGUUAAAAGAGGGCUACCGUGUCCGUGGAACCGUGAGAGAUCUUCACAGUCAAGCCAAGAUAAAACCCUUGAAAGAUAUCUUUCCUCACUCUAGAUAUCCCCUUGAACUUGUGGAAGCUGAUCUAAAUAAGGAUGAUGGUUGGGAAGAAGCAGUUAGAGACUGCAGUUAUGUGAUGCACGUGGCAUCUCCUUGUCCAGACGUUCACCCAGAAACAGAAGAUGAUUUGAUACUACCAGCAGUGGAGGGAACAAAAAGAGUUCUUAGAGCUUGUGCCCAUUCAGGCACAGUGAAACGUGUAGUUUUAACAAGUUCAAAUGCUGCCAUACACGGGCCUUCUGUCCGUGUGGAAAAUAACAGAGUCUAUAAUGAGGAAGACUGGAGUGACCCAGAUUCACCAGACCUCAACACUUACGGAAAAAGUAAGACAUUGGCCGAGAAAACGGCGUGGGAGUUUGUUGACCAGUUGGAAGAGGGUAAGAAGUUUGAAUUAGCAGUGAUAAACCCAUGUAUUACAAUUGGACCAAGCUUUAGUAAAAAUGCUAGCUCCAGUGUAGGCGUGGUACUACGUUUGAUGAACAAAUCAAUUCCUUUGAUUCCUCCUGUUAGUUUCUCUCUCUGUGAUGUCCGUGAUGUGGCGUUGGCUCAUCUCAGAGCCAUGGUGACACCAGAGGCUGCUGGACAACGACAUCUUGUGGCCAAUGUCAACAUUAUGAUGAAGGAGAUAGCUUGUAUUUUACAUAAUGAAUUUGCUCCACAAGGAUAUUGGAUUUCUACUUUAACAGCACCGUAUUUAAUCUUCUGGAUUGCGAGUUUUUUUCACAGAUCUUUAAAUUUUAUUCUUCCGCGAUGUGGAAACAUAGUUCGAUACAGUAACGAGCGAUUGAAAAAUGUUUUAAGAAUCCAACCAAGAAACAUAAACGAGACUAUCUUGGACACUGCCUAUAGUUUGCUUGAGCACGGAAAUUUGUCCAAAAUGUAA